AUGACUUCCGCAGGUCACAAUGACCCAAAGUUGCUGUACGCGGUUGGCAAUAUUAACGCAUAUGAAUUGAGGGAUGGCAAGGAGAUGCCAAUUGGCAACUCGGGGCCCCAGACCCUCUCCCUUCUAAUGGUUCCAACUUCCUCACCCUUCUCAGACCUUUCCGCUACAGAUCCAACCAGUGCAGCGCCAGAAGAUGACUUCUAUCUACACCUACACCUUCCCCCCGAACUAGACCUCUCCUUACCUGCCACCACGCAGAUAUACCACCAACCGCCACGAAGUUAUCUCAUACCGCGCUGGGAUCUGGGUCCCGACAGUGGAGCCUUUACUCGUAUAGAAUUUCCCAAGAUCGGGACAGGGCCAGAUCGUGUGUCCCAAGAGGAUAUUGAUACCUUCGAGACCAUACUGGCUCAAUGCACUGCCUUUCUCGAACGAGCCAAACCUCCGAUGGGGGAUGUGAAAUCCUACAAUCCAUCGCAAUUCAGCCCAGGAGAAGCCUAUGUAGGGACUGGUGAGAAGACCCCAGGCCACAUCGUGCUUAUAGAUGAGGACAAUGGAUCUGUGGUCGGUGAGUUGGGACAAGGGUUUAACCUCGUCGAAGGAAAGGAUGUCAAACCCGGUUCAAAGCUACCUGUAGAGAUCCAAUUACCCCAGGAGGGUGAAGGAAAUCAGAUCUACGUGCAGAAUGCAUCGGAAACCUACCUUCAAAUGUCGAAACAUCCGGCUUACAAGGACUCGAAACUCGUUCAAAAUGCUGCUGUGGCUUCUCGCUUAAUAGUGACUAGUACAGGUUGGGUUGCAAACCAAAUGACUCAACGGGCUGAUACCUUCACCAAAAGUACGAAACCAAAUCCUAAACCUAUGACUUUCACGCCUGCUACGCAAGCAAGGGUGAGGAAAAUCAAUAGCCUCACAGAAGGUGCAGUCGGCUUGUCAGCCAAGACUGUUGGAUCGGUCACGAAGCAUGCUCAAAACCUUGGAGCUACUCUAACUGGUCGUGGAGAGAAACAGAAAAAGCUUGACAAGGCCGGCUACAAGCCUGGCUUGCUGAAUAAAUCGAUGAUGGCUUUCUCUACGAUCGCUGAUGGUGUAGACUAUGCCUCACGAAAUUUGCUCAAUUCCGGAUCGAGUGCUGCCACCCAAGUUGUUGGCCAUCGUUAUGGCGAUGACGCGAAGGAUGUUGCUGGAAGUCUUGCUGGCGGUGUUAAGAAUGUCGGCUUGGUGUAUGUAGAUGCCACAGGGGUCUCAAGAAGAGCGAUCAUAAAGUCGGUAGCAAAGGGUAUGGUCGUUGGCAAAGCUCCGGGAGGCGGCAAUCUUGUUGUUGGUGGAGGAGAUGGAGGAGCCAUUCCACCAGAGGCCAUGCCGGACGAUAAGCCAGGCGUCGCAAAUAACGACUUGGGCGCAGGUACUGGACAGCAAGUUGGUUACGGACCUAAUGCUGGGUUUCCUGAGUCAAAGUCAGCCAAAUCCGGUGAGUUAGGCGAGCCGCUAGGCUCUUGA